AUGGAUCCGAACCCCUCUUCGGCCCAGCACGGGCAGCACGGGCAGCAGGCCCGGCAAAUGCCUGUUUACGACCUCAGCUUGGGUGGCCAUUACGGCGCGAGUGCCGCGAUCUCUACCCAAGGCUUUGCGCCCUCCGAGCUGUACACUGGGACAUGGGCGAAUGUGCACCAAGGUCUGACCGGCCACUACAAAGAUGUCCUCACAGCCUACUGGCAACAUACUAUCAGCCACCUUGAGAGUGAUACACACGACUACAAGAUGCAUCAGUUACCACUUGCGCGGAUCAAGAAGGUCAUGAAGGCCGACCCAGAGGUCAAGAUGAUUUCGGCCGAGGCCCCGAUUCUGUUCGCCAAGGGUUGCGAUAUCUUCAUUACCGAGCUUACCAUGCGGGCCUGGAUCCAUGCGGAAGAAAACAAACGGCGGACCCUCCAGCGAUCCGACAUCGCUUCGGCAUUGGCCAAGUCUGACAUGUUCGACUUCCUCAUCGACAUUGUCCCGCGUGAAGAAGCCUCUUCCCACGCAAAGCGGACAACCAACCAAACCGCCGCCGCUCCCCAACCCGCUGCCCCCCAGCCUCAAAUCCCCGGCGUCGGCGCCCCCAAUCACGCCGGCCAACAUCCGAUGGCUGCGCCGGAUUACACCCUCGGCGGCCACAACAUGGGUCCCGAAGCCGAUUACCGUCAGCCCCAGCCCAUGUACGCCGGCCAAGUCCAGCCAGGCGCACCCACGUAUGGCCAACCCCAAGCCCAAAUGUACAACGUUGACGAUAUGUACACCUAUGGGACGAUGCCUCCUCAGCAAGCCGACCCGGCGGGGAGCAGUCCCACAGCGGGAUAUGGGCUUACGCACCAGGAUGUGCCUGUGAGCCAGCCAUGGGCGGCGGGGCAUGAGGCUGGCGCUGAGCCCCUAGCGGGGACGAUCAAGCUCGAGCCGGAUGAAGAAAUUGCGGCUCAGAUUGGCUUCCCCGCGGAUCAGACAAAGCUCACGACAAUUACCGACGAGGCAACUCUGAGCCAUUGA